AUGGAGCUCCCAAAGGUGUUUGCACUACUUGUUCUAAUUCUCAUGGCACUGGUGCAUAGCAGCAUUGCAUCUUCACCUCUUCUGGAGGAAGAAGAAGAUGACCUUGAUGUUUCUGGUGAUGACCAAGAGGACUUUGGUAAUGAUUUUGUUCUUAGAUCUUCUGAUGACUCUCCUGGACGGUUCAUGCUUGGCAGGAAGAACAAUCUUGUACUGUUAACCUGCAACAAGUUUCCCAGGAUUUGCCUUCUUAAUGGAGGUCCUAGACGCCAUUGCUGCCAGAAGAAGUGUGUUAACUUGCUAGGUGAUAGGCUCAAUUGUGGCAAGUGUGGGAGGAAGUGCAAGUAUGGUUACAUUUGCUGCAGAGGGAAGUGUGUGAAUCCAUCUGUGAGCAAGAAGCAUUGUGGUGGGUGUAACCAAGGAUGUGACAGUGGGAGGUUCUGUGCUUUUGGCCUUUGUAACUAUGCUUAG